UGGUCAGAAUCACAACCUGUACAACAACUCUACAAUUCAGGGCCAUGGUAUAAAAGUGAAUGUAUAUUAUGUUUUUACUAUGGUCGGUUAUCUCCAGUUCCUCUAUUUCACUUGUAGUUCCCCACUGAUCAUUUAUAGAUGUACUAAACAUCUUUGAACUAAUGAGCAUGUGUUUCGCUUUAGUGCAAGGCUUCCACUUCUCCACUGAUAACUGAGAGGGGAAAUUGCACUUUACCGUGCAACAAUAAUUAACAAAGCAGGAAGAGACAUAGACUGUAGUAUAUAAUAAACUAAUUAUUAUCAUUAUUAUAAAGAUAGCUGCAUUCCUGUCCACUGGAUGGCGAUAAAGUACAGCUUUGCGGACUGUCUCAAAGAAGAAGACCGUACUGCCAUGACAGUUGAUCCUCAGUCACAGUUCUUGAAGCCUCCAGCCUUCUUCAGACUCUUCUCCGGUCGUAUAAACAGAUGGCCUUCGCCUUGCCGGUGUGGCUCGCAGUGCAGGAGGAGCUCCUCGGGUACGGCGCAGCGGACUGUCCGGCCCCGAGCAGCUUCGACGAUUUUGACGACGAUGCUUUGUUCCAGAUGUUCCACCUCAGCAGACCCUGCAUCACUUUCAUCACCGACGCAGUGCGCAUCCGCAUGAAGAACGUGGUUUUGGAUCAACCCGCGCUGUCGGUGGACGCGACGGUCAUGGUGGCGCUGAACUAUUACGCACACGGGGCUUCCUCCGCCGACGUCCUGCAGAGAGCCGGGCCGAGCCAGGCGGACUGCCCCGCGGUCAUCGGCACAGUCUCCGGGGUCAUCGCGGGGAUGGCCGAUCAGUUCAUCUCGUUCCCACUGCUCCGGGAAGCCAAAACCAACGUGGCCUCCACGAUGAAGAGGGUCUGCGGGAUCCCCAACGUGCUGGGCGUCCUGGCUCCGGCGCACUUUAAGAUAAGAGCGUCUCCGUACGAGAAGGAGGCGUUCAGGUCCUUCGUCAACGCUUUAGGUUACACAUCGGUGGUGAGCCAGGUCAUAUGCGACUCCGACGGCAACAUCCUGAGUGUGGAGAAGUGCUGUGUGGGCAGUACGUUUGAGCAGGAAAUGUGGGAGUCGUCGUUUAAAGGAAGAGAAAUGGAGGAGGAACUGCAUGGAGCAUAUUGGGUUAUUGGCGGAAAAGGCUAUCACUUAAGCAAACAUGUCUUGACUCCUGUGUCAGAACCUGCAAAUGACAAUGAGACCCGAUUCAAUGAGGCCCAUGCGAAGAUCCACGACGUCAUGCGGACAACUCUGGGCUCCAUGAAGAGACGUUUCAGGUGUUUGAUGCAACUUGGUUUUGCACAAGAAUGCUCUUUGGACAAAAAGGCCAACAUUAUCAAGGCGUGCUGUGUCCUGCACAACAUCGCUAAGAAGUUCUCCGUCCCUCCGCCGCCUGUAGCCGGUAAAAUAGAGCCCCUGCAUCCAGGCAAGCAGCAAUCAGUACCGGUCACCAUCAACCCUGAGGCCCUGCAAGCCAGAAAGGAACUCAUCCAUCGUAACUUCUCCAUUGCCUCCACCAGCAAGGACCCAGCAAGUAAAGGCAUCAAGGGGGAAAAUGCGUGAGCGGAGCGGUUGUGUUGUCUGUUCUAGGUAGCAAGGGAUCGUCGACAUAUAUCAAGUACAAACAUUGGACCCAAAACCCAGCUCAUGGCGCCAAAGUUAUACUCAUUGUGUUGCGGUUCUCUGUCAGUUUAACACUAAUAUGAAAAUGUGACAUAUUGGAUUUUCAUUCUAAUUGGCAGUAAAGACAUAUUCAGGUAUUUUUGU